GUGCCGUGAGGGAGCGGCGGGCGCCGGGCACGGUCGGUGUGAGCGGAGCGCCCUCGGGGCUCCUCCCUGCGGUCUCCUCCGUCGCUGAGGAGAGGAACUCCUGUUACCUUGGUGGUCUCUGGUCUUGCUCCUGCAGCUCCAUGUUCUUCCUGUGCUGUGAGCCCAGAUGUGGAGGCAGCUUUAGCUGGGUGUCACCUGAGCAGAGCAGAGGGGCAGGGAUCUUUGAGGUCCCUUCCAACCAGGCGGCGUGUGAUGCUAUGAAAUUGCCACGUGUGCUUUUGGAAAUAACUUCUUAGAUGUCUAAGUCUUCAAAAAUGGCAUCGAAAAUGUCAUCCCAGGAGGAAAUCCUGAGCGAUGGCCGGUUCAGCUGCGUUGCAAGGGAUCCCAGGUUUUGGGAGAUGCCUGAAAGGGAACGUAAAGUCAAGAUUGACAAGCGAUUCCGAGCCAUGUUCCACGACAAGAAGUUCAAGCUGAAGUACACAGUGGAUAAAAGAGGUCGCCCUGUUAACUACACCUCUACAGAGAACCUCAGGAAGUUCUAUGCCUUGUCGGAAUCUGACUCUGAUCUUUCAGAAAGUGAGAGUAAAGAAAUCACGGCAAAGAAAAAAAAGAAAAAGAAGGCUAAAGGUAAAGGAGAAGGAGAUUCUGCAAAGGUCCCUGCUGGUGGCCUCCCAAAGGAGGAGAGCAAAAAAACCCAACAAGGGGUGGACCAAACAUGUGAAGAGGUGACUAAAGUAAAUGACCUUAAAAAAGAAGGACAAAAAAAUAAAUCUAAGUUCAGCUUGAAAGAGGAUUCACAGAAACCUGCAGUGGAAGUUGAUCCCUCUCAGGAAAACAAGGGCCUUUUACCCAAAGGGGAGAACAAGCAAGGAGGUGUGUCAGGGGGAAGAUCCCUUCCAAUUCAAAAGAAGGAAAAGUCUUCACAAGGAAGUGCUGCUGAGUCAGUCAAAGCUCCCAGGAAGGACCACUCCCUAGGAGGGAAAAUAAAAGAAUCAGACAUCUGUGACCAAAGUGUAAAGUGUAAAAGCCAGUUAGAGGAAGAAACCAUUUCAAGUGAAGAUGCAGAAUUGGAAGAAGAGGAAGAAGAGGAAUCAGAAGAUGGUGGAGAAACAGGCGAGGAAGAGGAGCCAGAAGAUGAUGAGGAAAUGGGUGAAGAUGACAGUGAUUCAGAAGAUGAUGAAGAAAGUGAUAGUGGGCCUGAUCUAGCCAGAGGCAUAGGGAACAUUGACACGAGCUCAGAGGAUGAUGAGGAUUUAAACGAGCUCUUUCCAAAGGAGCCAGAGAUCGAGCACUCGUGGCGCGAGCUGGAUAAAGACGCCCCUCGUGGAGAUGAGAUUACAAGUAGAUUGGCUGUUUGUAAUAUGGAUUGGGAUAGGUUGAAGGCUAAGGAUUUGUUGGCUCUAUUUAAGUCUUUCACACCCAAAGGAGGAACAGUAUUUUCUGUUAAGAUUUAUCCUUCAGAGUUUGGAAAAGAGAGAUUGAAAGAGGAAGAACAAAAAGGACCUGUGGAACUGUUUGAUCUUCCAGAGAAUGCCACAGAGGAUGAUGGGAUUUAUAGGGAGAAACUGCGGGAGUACCAGUUUAAGCGACUGAAAUACUUCUAUGCAGUUGUAGAAUGUGAUUCUCCUGAAACAGCCAAUAAAAUUUAUGAGGAAUGUGAUGGACUGGAAUUUGAAAGUAGCUGUUCUUUCAUAGACCUGAGAUUUAUUCCAGAUAAUGUUACAUUUGAUGAAAAGCCAAAAGAUGUAGCCUCAGAAGUGAACAUUGCUGCUUAUAAGCCAAAGUACUUCACAUCUGCUGCUAUGGGAACAUCAAAGGUAGAUAUCACAUGGGAUGAGACAGAUCAUGAGCGAGUAACAUCACUCAGCAGAACUUUUAACAAAGAGGAGCUUCUUGACAUGGAUUUUCAAGCUUAUUUGGCUUCAUCAAGUGAAGAAGAGGAGGAACAGCAGCAAGAUGGUGAUGUAGCUCAUGAAAUGGAAGAUGACAGGCCGAGGAAAAGCCAAAAAGAUGAUGAAGAGCAAAUUGCCAAAUACAGAGAACUUUUGCAAAGUAUCCAAGAAAAAGAGAAAAAACAGGAAGAAAAGGAUAUAGGAAUGGAGAUUAAAUGGGUUCCAGGCCUCAAAGAAACUGCUGAAGAAAUGGUCAAAAACAGGUUGGAGGGAAAGGAUAACCUGACUCCAUGGCAAAAAUAUCUAGAGAAGAAGAAAGAAAAAAGAAUUCUUAAGAAAAAGAGAAAGGCUGCUGCUGAGAGAGAAGAGAGUGAAGAUGAACUUCCACCUGAUGUGGAUCUCAAUGACCCUUAUUUUGCUGAAGAAUUUGAGAAAACAGGUUUAAAGAAGAAGCCAGAAUCAGUAGAAAGUACCUCAGAAGAUGAAGACGAAGUUGAAAAACAGAAGGCUGAAAUGGCCCUACUGAUGAUGGAUGAUGAGGAUGACACCAGAAAACAUUUUAAUUAUAAAAAGAUUGUAGAACAACAGAAUUUGAGCAAAAAGAAAAAGAAACUUCUUAUGAAAAGGAAAGAAUUAUUAGAAGAUGACUUCCAGGUUAAUGUUGCUGAUACAAGAUUCCAAGCCAUGUUUACUUCUCCCCUGUUUAAUUUGGAUCCUUCAGAUCCAAAUUUCAAAAAGACAAAAGCAGUAGAAAAGAUCCUGGAAGAGAAAGCUCGCCGAAGAGAAGAAAAGGAGCAAGAUCUUAAGGAGGCAAACAAGGGCCUGGAGAACAAGAUGGCAAAGAAAGGAGAGGUUGCCAAGAAAGCCAUAGAUCCUGCCCUGUCAAUGCUAAUAAAGUCUGUCAAAAAUAAAACCGAAGAGUUUCAGGCACGGAAAAAGCAGAAAUUAAAAUAACUGAACUUUGAUUUUACUCAGCCUUUACUUUAGUCCAAGCCUUGCUCACUGGAGACAUCUGUUCAAGUUACUGUGGCCUGCUCUAACUCCUGUCCACCUGAAAUGUCCUGAAAAUUCAUUUAACUAUGUUGGUGAAAUGUUCAGAGUAAUAAUCACUCUUUUCUUUUGCCACAACAAAUACUGUUUUGCACAUAUGUAAGGAAAUUAUGGUCUUGGGAUGGUUUGUUUUGUAUCAUGUUAUCUCUUAAAAAUCAUAGAAGCGCUGAAGAUGGCUAAAAACAUCAUAAUUAUGGGUUUAUCUAUAAAUAAUAAAAACCAUUCUGCAGAGGCUUGAAACUAAGUGGUUUUAAAGUUUUUAAUCCCACAGAAGUCUGUAAAACAUACCUGUCCUGAUAAAGAAGGUAACAAUAUAACUAGAAAUGGAAGAAAUUUUGUAUACAAGUUUUUUGUCGAUUUUUAAAAGAUUGCAUAAAUGCUUUAUUUGUUUCUCUUUUAAAUACUUGAAGGUCAUAGAACUAAUUCAUGGAAAUAUUGCCAUUUAGAAGUGUUUCAUUAACAUACUUUGGAAAUAAAUAUUUUAAAUUGGCCCAAAA